UUGAAGGGAGGGAUUGGUGUGUUGUGUGUGUUUAGGAGAGGGAUUGUUGCGGAGACACUCGGAUGAAAGCACAAAAUCUCGUUUUCAGCACAAGGGUGUAUUAUAAUAUGUUUAUAUCUUGUACCAAAUUCAUGUAUUUUAUCAUGACCUCUUGGCAUCACCAUUUCCGUAAGUAACAAAAAUUACCUUAGCGGGCCUUCGUUUUUGUUUUCUUUUCUUCUGUCCUUCCUUCCACUUUUUCCUUCCCUUGUACCUCUUGGUGUAUUUUCUCCUCCAUCUUUUUCAGGUCUGUUUUCCCUUAGCCUAAUGUUUCUGCUUAAUUCUUUUUAAAAUGGUCAGCUCAGCUCACCUCUACGCCUGUUCCUACAUCUCUUCUUUCUUUUCAAAAGACUUUUUCUGAUUUUGCCUCCCUCUCUUUUUUUUUUAUUUUCCCUAUUUAUCCCUUGAGUAAUUUCGCCCUCCUUUUCCCAUGUUUUCUUUCUUUCUUUCUUUCUUUCUUUCUUUCUUUCUUUCUUUCUUUCCCUAGGUUAUCUCUCACCUUCUUCCAUAUUCCUUUUCAGUGUCUCUCCCUACUCCUCCCUGCCCUACAAGCCCCAUCUCUCCCUUUAUUCAAUCCCUCAGAUUUUCAUGAGCCAGGAUUUUGCUUUAUGUGGUUUGGCUGCCAGUGCCUUCCCUCUCCCUCAUCAUCCUCCAAGCUGACCCAAAGUCUGGUCCACGUGAAGUCUUCACCUACUUCAUUCAGGGGCUACUACUUACCCAGUUUCCAUCCUAUCCUCCCUGACCUGAAGGCAGAUUGUUUUGCUAUCUGUGCCCCAAUGACCUGAGGCAAUACUAUCCCAUUUUCAGGUUCUCCAUCCUAAGAGCUAAGCUGCUGCUUCACGUUCAGGAUCUUUCAAAAAGACAAUGGCCAAACUGUUGCAAGCUCCACCCAAGUUCCUCCCCCCAGAGUGGCAUAUUGCAAACAAGACACAAUAUGCCAGUGCAGAGAGUCAGAGAUCCAGGUCAGAGCGACUUGUAGCUGAGAGCCAGAGGCUGGUGGAUGAAAUCGAAAAAACAACUCAGAAAACCCAAAGCGACGUUAACAAGAAAAUAGAACAGAGACUUGAUGAAAUAAAAUUCUGGAAGCAAGAAUUAGAUGACAAACUAGAACAGAUUGUUAAUGAGACAGAGGUGCUGUUGACUUUUAAGACAAGGCUAGAGAAAGCACUGGAGAGCUGUAAAGAGCCACUAUUCAUUGCUCAAGAGUGUCUCUUGAAUAGGCAAAGGCGAGUUGGGAUUGACUUGGUCCAUGACGAAGUGGAGCGGGAACUGAUAAAGGAAGUUGAAGUGCUCCAAGGGGUUAUGGCUUUGCUUGAGCGCACACUGGAACAAACCAAUGAGCAAAUUAGGUUAAACCGUUCAGCUAAAUACAAUCUGGAGAUGGAUCUGAAAGACAAGUUCGCCGCCUUGACAAUUGAUAACUAUUGUUCCAACUUGACAAAUAAUACACCUGAUAUAAGAUAUGCCAGAAAUGUACUGAAGGUUGAAGGAAAUUCUGUGAGCCCUGAAGACUGGGUAGAUUUCUCGAAUGUAAAUGUUGAAAAGGCCGACAAGCAGAGGAACAACUCUUUGAUGCUCAGGGCCUUGAUUGACCGAAUCUUAUCCCAGACAGCAAGUGACAUGCGCAAGCAGUGCGAGACGGUGAACAUUGCUUUUAAGAACAGGGUGAAGGAGACAAAAGAUGCAAAGAACAAACUGGAGAUCCACCUUGCUAAGGUGAUGGAUGAGAUUACAUCCCAGGAAAAGAACAUUGCGGCCUUAAAGAAAGCUAUAAUCGAUAAAGAAGGACCUGCCAAGGUUGCUCACACACGUUUGGAGACAAGGACCCAUCGUCCCAACGUGGAGCUGUGUCGUGAUAUGGUCCAAUACAGGCUGAUCAGUGAGGUUCAGGAGAUCACAAACAAUAUUCAGAGACUAAAGGACACAUUGGCACAAGCUGAGGUGGAGCUGAAAGGUCUGAGCCGUCGACAGCUUUCACUGGAGGAGGAGAUCCAGGUCAAGGAGAACACACUGUACAUCGACGAAGUGCUGUGCAUGCAGAUGAGGGAGUCCAUUUCCAUUAACAACUUCUGAAGCCCUGGUGUCGGAUACAGCAUUCCCCCACACUGGGCCAGAUUCUGCUCUGAGAUACACCAGGGCAAAGACGGAGUAACCCCACUGAACAUUAACCUAGCGCCUCUGUGUUUACACAAGUGUGACUCAGAGCAGAACCUGGCCUAGGUGUGUGAAUUAAUUAAAACAGACCUAAAUGCCUCCUCCACAGCUGCCUGUGUCCCAGAAAGUCUAUUGGAAGCUUUCCAGUAGACAUUAAAGUUAUGGAACAACAAGAAAAAAUCCUUCAUUCCAGCCACUUAGCGUAUCUUGGGUGCUGUCAAUGUCACUGUUUUUCAUUGACAGAUUUUUUUAACUACAUAAGCUAGAACAGAUAUUCCUACACAAAGUCACUGGUUAUGUUAGAGAGACAGGAAGCCAGCAACCGUGCUAGUUAGGGCCAGCUGUGGUGAUGUGUACACCUGUCCACUGACAACUGGAUGGAGAAUGUACUUCAACCAAACGUAAGAUAACUGCUGGCAGAAGCAGUGUUGGCUAAUGGAUAGGACUCAGGAGACCUCCCUUCUAUUUCUGGUUCUGUCAACGGCCUGAUGGGUGACCUUUGGUUAGUCACAUCCCCUCUCUGGGCCUCAGUUUCCCCAUUUCUAAAAUGGGAAUAAUGAUCUCCUUUGUAAAGCACACUGAGCUCUACUGAUGAAAAGCAUAUAUAAGAGCUAGGUAUUAUUGUAAAUGUGACUGUCCUGGCAGAAUAAUAUUCUCUUCUUCCUUCGGUGCCAUUGCAAAGACAAGACAAAAUAACAAAGAUGAGACACUGCGGGCCAUCUGCGAAAGCCAGAAUUUUAAUAAGUGGGCC